AUGAUCUCCAUCAAAUGCUUUGACUCCUCCUUCGGAGACUCUUUCAACAACCCUUCUUCCUUUCCCGAUCUCAUGUUUGUUUUUACUUUCGACACUCAAACAGCAGGAAUUUCUAAAAACAAAACUCUUUCAUCAUCAUUUUCAUCUUCACAACAACAACGCAAAGUCAUUUACGCUCAUCGUGUCAUUCUCUUCAAACAUCGAUUUUUCAAAAAUCUGUUCAAUGUUCAUGAAACUCUUUCAUCACAUCCGCAACAAGAAGAUCAAUUUUUUCACAACGAAUUCCAUUUUGAGAAUUUGACAAAUAUGGAUCAAAAUUUGAAUAUCGAUCCAAAUUUGUUAAAAGUUCCCAUUCAAGAACCUUUUCAAUUAUUUUCUUCAUUGAUUGAAUAUUUUUAUACAGGAAUCAUCAAGUGUGAAGUGAAUGAUUUGAGUGAAAUGAUCAUGAUGGCGUAUCGAUUUAAAAUUAUUCCUUUGAUUAGUUUGUUAAAAAAACAAUUAAUGGGAGAAAUGGUCACGUUGACAACGUCGAUAGGAGGAUUGGAUUCAAAUUCAUUGUCUUCUUUGAUUUUUGAUAAAAAUUCCAUUCUUCAAUUACCUGAAGGAACAAAAAUGACACUCGAAAAUGCUCUUUCAUUAUUUAAUGAAGUGGCAGGAUCGUAUGCAGUGUUAGAACAUUCAGUAUUUAAAUCAGAGAUGCAUCUCGCAAAAAGAGUUAUUUUAAAAAGUGUUUGUUUUGGAUUAUUAUUUCAAGAAUCACACACGCAACGAUUAUUGAAAUUUUCAGUGAAUGCUCUGCAAAGUUUAUUGGAAUUAUUGACACAACAUGUUCGUGUGAUGAAAGAAAUUCAAGAAUUACUCGUGUCCAUGAAUGUCAUGACAAGUUCUUCUCUCUUCACGACAAGGGAACUUGUCAAAUUUAUUUUGAAAUGGUUAUGUCACUUGAAACAUGAGAGACUUUUUUCCAUUUCACAAUUGUAUCCAACAUUGAGAGCUUUUGAGGAAAGCAUGGGAGCAGAAGCUUCUCCGAAAAAUAGUGGUGGCACUCAAGUCGAGGAAUUUAUUAAAUCGAUUGAAAUGAUGCAAACGACUCGAGCGAAUGGCAAUCACAAGAAGAAAUCCACCCCUUCGAAUGUGACCGUGGUCAACAACAACACAAAUGAAGAGGAUGAUUCAGAGAAACAACAACAAUUACUUCGAAAAAGAGGAGUUUCUACUCUCUCGAAAAUUGGCUCCUUCUCACUUCAACAUAAGAAUCAUCAACGUCCAGCUGAGAUGGCCACUGCACCACCACCACCCUCUAAGAAAGAAUUGACAAGUCCUAGAGAUGGGCAUGGUAGCGGUGGUGGUAUUGAUUCAGAAAAGACACUAAAGAGAACGACCACAUUUACUUCACCAAGACAACUGCAGCGAAAGGAAUGA